CCAUUUUUUAUUUUCAUUGUGGUAUAACCUUAACUUUAUCACAAUUUUUAAUUUCAAAUGUUUUUCUUUAUAUUAUUCAUAUUCUGAUACUUAACGUUGACUUGACGUAUUAUAAGUUUUAUGAUCUAUAGUCAUAAGAUAAAAUUUAAGAUCUGUUUAAUUUUCAGUGAUGCUAAAAUUCAAGCGAAAGUCAGUUUUACGUAUGAAUAGCAACUCCAUUUAAAUAAAUUAAAAUUUUAAUUUGCUGUCAAUAGUCAAAGCAACUUUUGACGUUUCAAGUAUUGUAACAUUUAAAAAUAUAAAAAAGAAACAAUAGUGAAAAUGUCAAAACAAAAAUAUUCUCAGUGUUUUGGAAAUUUGAUGGAAGAUGAUAGUGAAUAUGGUAAAAUACGAAGAUCUAAACAAAGUUUCAAACAUGCAGCCAAAGUUCUAUUAGCAUCAGAGGAUAAACCAACCAACAGGUUUAUUUUAUAUUUUGAAAAUUUUAUUUGGCAGGAUAAUGAUUUUUAUUAUUGUAAUUUAUGCAACAAACAUUACAAAAAAAAGAGCAAAGUAUCACUACACAUCUCCACGAGACUGCAUUCCAAAAGUUUAGAGAAUUAUGUUGGAGGAAAAAAUAUUUACGAAUCAAAUUUAUCAUCACUGUGUUGCCAAAAAUUAGUAAAGAAUAACAUUUUUUCUUUUAAUUCAACGCAUUUUAAAUGUUGGUCGUGCACUGAAUUUUUCGAUAGAUAUGAAACUGCCGAGCAACACAUUGCCACUAAUCAUCAUCUUAUUAAUUUAAGGAAAACUAACUAUUCACGGAGCUCAAACUUUUUUAAAACUAGGUUUGAUAAGAAUGUAUCUCAAAUAUUUGCUAGCACAAGUUUAGCAUCUACUGCUAUUGGCGAUACUGCAAUCUGUGAUAAAAAUAUUGGGCUUUCCGCGUCAGAUAAAAAUAAAUUUUUAGAUUAUUUUAAAAAUUUUAUCGGACAUCGCGUCAAUGAUUUUUAUUGCUAUUUAUGUAAAAUAGACUUUCCUUCUGAAAGUCUUGCGGCUGCACACAUGAAUGAGUUGCUUCAUGUUUCAUUGAGAAAAAAAACUUAUAAACAAAAUGAAAUUUUUGUUGUAGAAAAUUAUCGUCUAAAAGCGUAUGAAAUAUUUGUUAAUAAUUAUAUAUUUCCAAUGAGACUAAAAAUAGUCAAAUGCUUUUUAUGCAAAGCUAAAUUGACUUAUCCUGAAGUAGAGGAACAUUUGAACGGUAAACGACAUCGUAAAGAAUGUGAUGAACAAAAAAUUUCAAAUUAUUUUUCUGGUGGAAAAGAAAAUAUUCUGACGGGGACGGGAAAUUUAUCUGUACCUAAAGUAGAGAACAAAAUUGAAAGCAAUACUGGUGAAGUUGUUUUGAAGGAAGAGAUUGCAGUGGAGCCAGAAGAUCAGUUUCCUAAGUACUUUGAAAAUUACAUUUCAAAACGCGAUAAUAAGUAUUAUUGUCAUUUGUGUAGCAAAAUUUUAUCAUCAUCUUCUCUAGUAAUGACACAUAUAGAGGAUCCAUUUCAUCGUAAUCAUCUGAUUGAAGUACAAACUACCCAAAUUACCGAUGGAAUGUCACAAUUAUCAGACGUAUGUGAGCUUUUUGUCACAAAUGAUAUUUUUAGAUUUACUAAUGAUAAAUUUAAAUGUUUUUCAUGUGAAUGUACUUUCAAUAGCUGCGACAAUGCGGUCGCGCAUAUUGAAAGUCAGCAUGGGAUUGCAAUAAAAUUAUCAAAUUCUAUUGAAUCGUCAAUUGAAAAAAAUCCUAGUGAGUCAACAAUUAUUAAGAGUGAAUUUUCUGAACCUGAUUCAGUAUCUAAUGAACCGAAAAAUUUGAAUAAUGACAUUGACAGUCUAAUUAAUAAAGAUAUUGAAUCUACGGCAAGUAAAGAAACUAAAACUCUAAAUGAACUAGAAGAUGAAUUUAUAACAUAUUUUAAAAAUUUUAUUGUUAUUUGCGGCGAUGAUUAUUUUUGUAAUUUAUGUGGAAAAUAUUAUUCAUCGUCGUUAAUAACGGCUCAUAUAAAUAAUUCAAAUCAUAAGAAUAUUUUGAUCGAGAAAAGAAGAGAAAUAAAUUUGAAAGAAAAUCAAAUUUUAUCAAUACCAAAUUUCUAUGAAUUGCUUGUCAGAAAUGACAUUUUUCAGUUAAACUCUACAAUUUUAAGGUGCUUAGUAUGUGAUCGCCUAGUUCCAGGAUAUACUUCUGCUGAAGAUCAUAUCAAUAGUGUGCAACAUAUAGCUAAUUCUAGACGUAUUGCUAAAUUGAACGCAUCAACUCCAAUCACAGAUAAUGAUAAAAUUUACCCGGAUAUGAAACUCGUCUUACCCGAAUCAAAAGAAGAUUUUGCAAAGUAUUUUGAAAAUUUUAUUGACAAACGUAACGACGGCUACUUUUGUCAUCUAUGCGAAGUCCAUUUUCCAAGAUCGUCUGCGGUAAUGACGCAUAUUGCAAAUCUAAGUCAUAAGAAUCUCUUAGAAAAAAAUAAUUUCGACACCCCAAUGAACAGUAAAAUUAAAGAUAAUUUUUACUACAGUGAAUUAUUUGUACGGAAUCGUGUUUUCCAGUGUGGAUUGGAGGCAUUAAAAUGCUUUGCGUGUAACGUUAUUAUGACCAAAUUAAAAAAAGCACAUUCACAUUUGUAUAGACAAACGCACAAAGACAAUUGUGGUCACCCGUCUGGUCAAUCGUUGGCAGAGCAUGAGACGAAUUUACAUCAAUCUGAUGUCACUUGUGAUAAUCAACUGAUCCACGAUCGCCAAGUACCUGAAACUCAUCCAACAUUUUCUGAACCUCCAGUAAAUGAUAGCGUUCCAUCUAACCCGAUAAAUGACGUGUACCUGUACUUUAUUAAUUACAUUAAUUUGCGUCAGGAUUAUUAUUACUGCAGCUUUUGUCAAUUGAAAUUAACAUCUUCACAAGUUCACGAACACAUCGUCCACCCAGAUCAUGGAAUUCGUGUAAGCCAAAAAAGAUUAGACAAUAAAAUUACCUACUCUCCGGAUUGGACAUUAGAUUUUAUUGAAUUGCUCGUUAAAAAUAAUAUAUUUCAAGUAGGACUCGAUAUAUUGUACUGUUUCACAUGUAAGUGUGACUUGUUAUACAUUAAUGUCGAGGAACAUGUUGAUAGUUCUGAUCAUAAGAUAAAUAUUGAGAAAGAGUAUUUUGAAUUUAAUGAUCUUGUUCCUGUGGAUGUCUCCUACAAAAAGAAUCAUUCUUUCGUAUUGUCGCGUGAUAUUUACAUGUACAAUGAUACUAAAUCAAAACUGGUAUAUUGUUAUGUUUGUCGUGACGGAUUAAGAUGUCGGGUUGAACUCCACGUUCAUUUGACGAAUCAUUUGUGGCGGCUGUUUAUUGGUAAUGACAAUAUUGACUUAGUUUCCUUUGUCAAUCUCAACUCUAAUGUGAAAAUAGUACUAAAGACUGAUAGUGAUUUUGAUAAAGAGGUUUCGAGAACAAUACGAGAGAUGAAAAACGCGCAAGCUGAGUAUCUGUCUAAAUUUCCCAAGAAAUCUUUGAAGAAAAAUCCGGGUGUGUCUAAAAUAGAUUAUAGAGAAGAAAGAUUGUCUCGGAAGAAUCUUAGAACUGGGAAAGUUACAAAUGUAAGUACGAGGAUCAACAAGAGCAAGGUGGAUAUUGAUACUGGGGAAAAUAAAAGAAAAUUUGACGUUUAUAAAAUGGAGGAAGAAACACGUCACAGUAUUCAAUUGAGUCUCAAUCGAAUUUGUAUUGUAAAUAACGAUAAUAUUUACUGUGUGAUUUGCCGUCGAAAUGUUUUAUUUUCCUUGGAAAAUCUUUAUGGACAUUUUCGAGGCAUUGAGCACGCGUACUUUCUUACACAAAUGGUUCAGGAUCACGAAAAAUUUGAAGCGUUUCCAUAUGAACUCAGCGAUUUUACCUUGGCGCGGGAGUUAAUGGAAGACAAAACUGAUCGACAUGUCGUCUGCUACGCCUGCGAUCCUUUACGACCAGUAGCUGUUCCAAAUAAUAUUGACGCCUUAAAAACGCAUGUAAAUUCUCAAAAUCACCUAAGAAGACGGGUUGAGAUGAGUAAUAAUUUACGAUGCUUCAUUGAUACUUUUUACUCCUGGUUGGAGUGCAAUUGGUUCAAUGUCCAGAAGUAUUGGUGUGUAAUCUGUAAUAAGCAAUUAGUGUUUGAAAAAUUAUUUCACAGACAUUUAAAUUCGAAAGGUCAUUUAAAAAAAUGUGAGAAAUAUUUUAAAUGUGAAAAGCUUGUAUGUGAAUAUUGUCCUACAUGUGCAAUUAUUUUCUAUGAAUGCAAAAACACGAUUAGUUAUCAUUUUGAAAGUCAACUUCAUGAAUUGAACAUCGAUAAAAAUAAUAAUUUCAUAUCACAACUACCGGAUGGUGUUGAAGAAUUAUUAAUUAAAGCGGAUGAUGUUGCUUCAAAUAUAUGUGAGAAGUUAAGUAAGGAAGUAGACGGAAUGAGAAAAAAUGAACAAUUGCUGUUGGAUGACUUGGAAAAUACAAUAAAAGAUUAUGUGGAUGCUAAAAUUCAUCCGUUUGGUUCACGAAUUUCGGGAUUAGGUUCAAUCAAUAGUGACCUUGAUGUUUUCGUCGACUGUGAUGAUUUAUACUACAGGGGUUCGGUAUCAGAUGACAUAUCAUUUUUUUUAAAAGAAGUGGAACACUCAUUGAAAAUGAAUGAAAAUAUAUGGAGAAUCAAAGAAGUAAUUGCGGAUUGUCGAAUUCCGAUUAUUAAAGUCGUACAUCAGCCUACAAAUAUUGAUUGUGAUAUAUCGUUUACUAAUGGCCUUGCUGUUGAAAAUACUAAACUUGUUAGAGCAUACCUUGACAAGUAUCCACUGUGCAAAAAACUAAUUUUAUUUAUAAAAAACUGGACAAAUAUAUGUAACCUUAAUGGAGAAGAUGGAAUAUGUAGUUAUGCCAUCGCUUGGAUGGUAAUUUAUUAUUUACAGACAAAACUUAUACUGCCAAAUGUUGUGAAUUUGAUAAAACUUAAAGGAAAGUCAAUUAUGAUCGGCGGCUGGGAGACAGGAGUAUCUAGAGAUUUUACUCUAUCAGACAUCAGUAAUAAUUACAGUUUUAAAAAUCUUCUUAAAGGUUUCUUUAUAAUGUGCGCCGGCUUUGAUUAUAGAAAUAAUAUUUUUUGCCCACUGCUGGGCCGCCCGAUUAGAAAAAUAGAUUUCAUUGUACCGCGAAAGCUCACAAAACUGCCUAACGAAAUGAGGAAUUACAAAAAUUAUAUUCAAGAAAACAAAAAUGUAAAACAUUUUCGAUCGGAUGCAAUAAUGGGCGUUCAGGAUCCAUUUGAUUUGAGUCACAAUCUUACUAAAGUUGUCAAAAAAGCUACCGCCUAUCGUUUCAAAACUCUUUGCUCAUUAAGCGCCGAAAAAUUAAAUAACGUUUUAUGAUUUACUCUUUUUUUAUACAUGACGCAGUUUAAAUAUAAAAAUAUUUUAUUAACGGCGGCAACUUAAAUUAAUAAUAUUGCACUUAUAUAGUUGUUAAUUGACAACAAAUAUUUAAUAUUAUUGUAAUUUUAAAAAAUGUUAUUUUAUCAGUUUUGCAUGAUUUACAAGUAACGGUGCCUUAAAUUAAAAUAAUAUUUAUUUAAUUUUAAUUUUUUUAGCAAGUG